GGAACAUGUUCCUGCACUGGCUGAAGAGGCCUUGUGUCAUCAUUCCGUGCUGUAUGUUUACAAUAUCAGUAUUGUCAGGUUUGUCGACACUGACCGUUCAUGAAGAUGGCUGCCAAUCAUGCUCAAGGAUCAUAGGGAAGUACACUUCCUUGUCUUGCAUCGUUCAGAUCCGGUCUCUGAUAAGUUAUACCGGAAUUAUUGUUGCCUGCUUCUUUCUUGGCUUUGCCGAAGCUCCCUUCUUCCCCGGAAUUGUAUUUCUUAUUUCUUGUAUCUAAACGGUACAAGCGAGACGAGGUCGCCUCGAGACUAGCUCUCGCUUCUUGUGGAAGUAUCUUCAGCUCUGCAUUCGAAUCCUUGUUUGCAUCUGCUAUACUCCGCGGCAUGCAGGACAAAUUUGGUCAAGCUGCAUGGAGAUGGUGAUUUUACAUUGAAGGCAGUAUCACAAUCU